CUUCCCACCUUCUCUUCUCUUCUCUUUUCAUAUGAAGCACUCUGCUACGCAUAGAGUUAGGUUAUCCAUGGGAUUCAAUGAUAAGCGCUACGAUGCUGAUGGAAUAGAUCCAGAUUGUGGUGCAAUUUUUAUGUCAAAUGAAGCUACGAAAAAAGAAUGUUUCCAGAGGAGAUUAUUCGGCCUUCCAUCAUCUGACAUCCAGUUUGUAGAGCAGGUUAAAGCCGGAAUGAUUUUGUUUUUAUUUGAAUAUGAGGAGAGACAACUUUAUGGUGUAUUCAAGGCUACCUGUGAUGGAGCUAUGAAUAUUGUGCCUAAUGCCUACGCUUCAUCGAGGAAGCAAUUCCCUGCUCAGGUUAAGUUUGUUCGAAUUUGGCGCUGCAAGCCACUAGAGGAAUGCUUAUUCCGUGACGCAAUUAUAGAAAAUUACUUUUCUGCUAAAAAGUUUAACUUUGGGCUAUCUGAAAACCAGGUCUAUAAACUUCUAUAUUUGUUCAGUACAAGAAAGCUAGAACUGGAGGUUCCUGGUAGAAGAAUAUUAACUAGAACAGAAGAGUUGGAAUCAGAGUGGUACCCAGUUGGUGAAGUUGGAAGAUCUGUUGAUCGAGGAAUGCACGUCGAAAGUGAUCAAGAUGAGCAAGGUGUUGGUGUUAACAUUUCACCCAUCAUAAUGCAUAAAUACCAAGGAGAUUCUUUACAGUACAAUGGAGACGCUGAAUAUAUCAGAUUAGAUGCAAGUGAUAUUGUAGUAAAUAAGCAAGGAAGAGCUCCUGAGCUCGUGCUGGGUACUUCAAGUGAAUGUGUUAGUGACUAUUUGGCAUUAAAAGAUGAAAGCGGGUUUACUGAACAUGAGAAAGAGCAUUAUAUGGAUACCCAUCUCAGGCCAAACAUCAUAGAUGAAUACUCCAAAAGCCUUUGUGAUAAAAUUAGAGUUCAUGGUGAUGGCAGGUUAUCAAUUAGUGAUAGGUUAAAGAGUGAAGAUCUGAGAAAUACUGAUCAGAGGAUGGUAUUUUUAGAUGGUAUUCCUGGUUUACAUGAUUCUAAUGUCAAUCCAACUGUCUUUUACUCCAAGCCUAAUUUUGAGCAUAAUUCUUUGGUUCAAAAUCAGCUUAGGCGAAAUUUUGCUAUGAAUCACCAAAUCCAGGCACAGAUCUUAAACAAUUCUUGUGCAACACAAGGUGAUGUUAGUUCUAAGACCACCUUUCUGUAUGAUCAAGAUGCACCUCGUUUAAAUUUUAGUCAGUCAUCAGCUGCUAGAAUUAAUAAUGGUUCUGAAUUAAUAAUAGAAAGUUCUUCUCCUUCAAACAACCGUGGAGGGAAAGGCUUGAGUAGUCAACCACGGCUCAUGCAUACUGAACUGAAAGACAUGAACAGAAUGCACGAUGUUGGUGGUGGCUUUCUAAAUUCUGUUUUCUACGGUAGCAAUAGGUAUUGCAUGUCCUUGAAUGCAGCUCAAAAUUCUGACCGGUUGGAAGCAGAAUCUGAUGUAUAUGAGCCUUGCAAUAGCAUUCGUUUCUUGAAGUCUUCAUCAGCUACUAUCCCUCCUACAGAUAUUGGAAAUAGUGGCAGGGUAGAUGAGCCCGUUUCUUCCUUGUUCCAUAAUUAUAAAUCAUGUUUAGGCAAUAAUGUCCAUUCCAUAGCAUUGGGAGAAAAUCUGAGUCAGGAGAUGACACUGCAGAAGAACAAUAGAACAGUUACUCCCAUUGUUCCUCGUCCAAAUGAGAGUCAUUCCCAAUUUCAGUAUGGUGAUUCAUUAAUUCUUGAACAUGACAUUGGAUGCUAUGGUGAUUCUCAAAAUAAUAAUUCUUGUUAUCCAAAGAAAAAAAGUAGUGUGUUUUCUCGUUUAUCUUUUACGCAGGAUGUUAACAAUCAAGAAAAUGGAAACAAUGCAUGGAAUGAGGAAUAUGAUUUCCAUACAGUUGAUGCAGUGAUGGAAAUGGUUCAUCAAAGUCGAAAGCAAGGGAUGACAAAAAGAAAGCCAAAGCCAUUAGGAAUUCGUAAAAAUGCUGAAAGUUUGAGGAAAAAAACUCAAAGCAGUAGCGUGAGGAUGAAGGGUGAUUGCUUUGAAAAUACCUUGGAAGAUUUAAAUGUGGAUUUGACAAAUGCUAUUGGAGGCAAUACUAAUGAAACAGCUGAAGAGAUAUGUUUUGUGGAUUUCAAGCGCCGUAGCAAAGUAAGGAAACUUGAUGAGACUGAGAUCACAAGCUCCAAUGAGUGUGAAAAGAGUGAAAAUUUGGUACUUGUGCAACAAAAGAAAAGAAAGUUGAUCCGCCCAAAUUUCAGCAAGAGUACAACUUCCGAUGAUAAGGGCAUUGGUCUUGGUGCUUUUCAAAAUUUACAAGUACCAUUGACACAAGGAAGUUUUAAUCUUAAGGAUGUUAGUGAAAGCUGCUGUGCUUUGGUUCAAACUGAGGAUAACAUUAAAACAGAUGCUGAAGUACAAAACAUUAAUGUACAAACACAUUCUGAAGAUAAGAGUAAUAGUCAUGCUAAGGAAUAUGUCUGCAGCGAAGGAGGAGAGAAAGCAACAGAUGAUGCUCUUACUGCAUUUAAUGAUGAAUCAGAAUGUCUGGAGAACUUGAAUAACCAGAAUGUUUUUUCUUCAGCCUCUUGCAAAGACAAGAAUUGUUAUAUCAAGGAAGGUUUAUGUAUGAUGGAUAGUACUAAAUCCGUAUCUCUGGACAAGGAAUCAUUCCAUUCAAUUGGUGAAGAACAUCAUGUAGAUGGGAUCACAUGCGCUGGCAGAGGUAUUAACACCGAAGAAGAAUUCCCGAAAGAUUGUGGCUCCUUUUCUGUUGAAGUUAAAGAUGGAUCAGACAGUUUACAGAACUCCAGCAAUGACGAUGCUCCAAUUGAAAUUUCGUAUGAAAAAAAGAUGGCUUAAGCGUUCAUCAUUAGCUCACAUGCCAAUCUCGAUGUGGCAAUGGUAGAAAGUUCAGAAACACGUGAAGUAAGUUCUCAGAAUUGUGAUAGACCGAACUGUUAUUUUGGGGAGGCAACAGAGUAUAGUAGAAAAAGAUAUGCUUAGCUUGCGAACCGGUUGUACAUCAAAUGUUGGAAAGAACAUUGUUUUGUGGGAGUUGAUAAUACUCUUGUACGACAAAUGGUAGUAGUCUAUCAAAUUUGUUUUCAAGCUUACAAGCCUUAGAUAUAUUAAAGGAUAAAAUUCAAACACAUGCUAGUGGUUACUUACCCAUCUAAUUAUUAUUUUUUCUAUCACUUACUUUUCAUGUGAAUUUUUAUUGCAUAAACUGUCUCUUUUAUCCCCGGGAACAAUCAA